CUGCUGAGUCCUUUGACCACGGUUUUGUGCCAAGGCACCAGGAGUGAUUCACUUCGCUGCCAGUCCUCUCGCUGCCUAAGAGCCGCAUCCCACGGGUCUUCCUCGCCUGGGGCACCACAGCAGCGUAUCGAGGCAGUCCUUAACGCGUUUCGCGAGCGUCGAAUUCGCGUGACGCGAGUGGUGCUAGGGGAGGGAUGGGAAGCGCGGGGAAAUCGAGGAGCGGCCGACCGGCUAUGGCGUCCGUCGCUUCCGCCGAGCAAGGCAAGCAGGGGAAGAAGAAAGCGGGAAACGCACCCAACCGGGAUGAACCGAGCUCCUCCGAACUUCCAGCGAUUCUGGAUACGGCACGUGGUGAUGAGGUGGCAAAUGCGGGUUCAGCAGCUGAAGCUGCAGCUGUCGCAGAAGGGGUGUCAGCAGCAGUCCCUAACUCUGCGAACCUCGAUGCGACGGCUGCGACGCCUGCGAACGAGUCGCAGGCGUCGCCGGGAGACAAGCGAAAGCGGGCAGCGGGCGACGACAUCGACGCAAUUUUCAACCAGGCGAAGCAGGACAAGAACCAAGGGGCGGCGGGCAGCGGGCAGAAAGGAAACAAAGGCAAAGCAGACGCGAAGACCCAAGCCAAAGGAAAAUCACCUGCGAAAAAAGGGAAGAAGCAAGAGAAGGGAGGAGGUGCCGGAGGGGCAGCAGACGCAGAGAGCAAGCCCAGGAAGCGGACGCAGGAAGGGUACAGGGUUUAUGGGGAGGAGGAGUUGGGUUGGAAUAAGAAGACUGCUGGCGGCACGGCUCUGUGCCCCUUCGACUGCGACUGCUGCUUCUGAUCUGUUGAAAUCGCAAAUAUCUUUUUAGGUGCUUCGGGUUCCAGUCUUGGGGUUUGGGAUUUGAGGGUUUUAAGGGGAACGGUGGAGGAGCUGGUAGUGGCAUGCAGGGCAAGCAGCGCAUACAGCAGGCGUCCUUCAGGGAUCAUGAAUCGCAAUACGCCCUACCAGCUUUGCCUUAUCACAAUGACCAAGGACGCCCAGAUCCGCGCUAUCCGCAGUUCCAGAACACAGGCAGGUAUGUUUGGCACUGUGCUUUCUAUG